GUGUUGCCUCCGAUUCACACGACGCUUCAGCGCUUCUUCCGUUCGCCCGUCAUUCUCACAACUUCCGUUUGUUCUGCGGCCCGAGUCGCUGUAUCGAUUCACACCAGCGCCCGGCGUGACGUCAUAGUGACGUCGCCCUGAUGUCGGCGCGUGUCGGUGUGAGUGUGUGGCCAAUGGGCUCGCAGCGCCCCGCUGGAGGCCGGGCUUCCAGGCCGUCGACUCGCCUUCAGACGGAUGUGAGAAGUUGAAUGUACAGUACGCGCACAGACACACACACAGACAGAAACACGCCGCUCGGACCAUGGCGGAAGAAGACGAAGCGAGGAUUCGGGUCCUACAGAGUCUGCGGGGAAAGAUCUGUGAUGCAAAGAACCUGGCUUCCUGCUCUGGGUCGACCCGCCUUAGAGAUGCUUGCACCUUCUGCACCAUCAGCUUGGACCAGGAGGAGGUCUACCGGACCAAGGUGUUGGAGAAAAGUCUCAGCCCUUUCUACGGAGAAGAUUUCUACUUUGAAAUUCCACGACCGUUUCAGUAUUUGUCCUUCUAUGUUUAUGCCAAGACUGUUUUCCAGCGGGACCUGCCUAUAGGGAAAGUGUCGAUCCGUAAAGAAGAUCUGAGUCAAUACAGUGGGAAAGAGCACUGGCACAGCCUGCAGCCUGUGGAUGCAAACUCUGAGGUCCAGGGGAAGGUUCACCUCGAAAUGCGGCUGAAUGAAGUGAUCACUGAGAACGGAUCCAUGUGUCAGCAGCUGCUCGUCCAGAUCAUAGAGUGCCAGGGUCUGCCGCUGGUCAACGGGCAGAGCUGCGACCCCUAUGCCACCGUGUCACUAGUAGGACCCGCCAGGUCUGACCAGAAGAAGACCAAAGUGAAGAAGAAAACUAGCGACCCUCAGUUUGGGGAGACGUUCCAUUUUGAGGUGACGCGCUCCAGCAGCUACACAAAAAAGUCCCAAUUCCAGGUGGAAGACGAGGACAUCGAGAAGCUGGAAAUCAAGGUGGAUCUGUGGAACAACGGCAACCUGGCGCAGGAUGUUUUCCUGGGAGAGACGCGCGUGCCUGUUAAGAUCUUGCGCAACGACACCUGCCACCGGGCUUGGUAUUUGUUACAGCCGAAAGGCAACGGCAAGACUUCAAAGGUGGAUGAGCUGGGCUCGCUGCGUCUGAAGGUGACUUAUACGGAGGACAACGUUCUGCCAUCAGACUAUUACACACCCCUCCGCACGCUGCUGCUCAAGUCCCCUGAAGUGAAGCCCAUCUCUGCGUCGGCGGCCCACAUCCUGGGGGACAUCUGCCGGGAACGGUACGUGCUGCCCAUGGUGCGGCUGCUGCUGCAUCACAACUGCCUGGUACCCUUCGUGUCUGCUGUGGCUGCCAUGGAGCUGGACCACACGCAGGAAGCCAACACCAUUUUCCGAGGAAACUCCCUGGCGACGCGCUGCAUCGAUGACAUGAUGAAGAUCGUAGGCCGGAGCUACCUGACCAUCACCCUGAAGCCUGUGCUGGACGAGAUCUGUGAAUCCAAUAAGUCGUGUGAGAUUGACCCCAUGAAGCUGAAGGAGGGAGACAAUGUUGAGGCCAACAAGGAGAACCUCCAGCUGUACGUCCAGAAGGUUUUCUCCUCCAUCACUCAGUCCAGCGCCAGCUGCCCCCCAGUCAUGUGUGAUGUGUUUCGCUCCCUCCGACAGAUGGCUUCCAGGCGCUUUCCUGACGACCCGCAAGUGCAGUACUCUGCCGUCAGCAGCUUUGUGUUCCUGCGCUUCUUUGCCGUGGCCGUUUUGUCGCCACACAUCUUCCAGCUGCGUCCUCAUCACCCGGACACAGAUGUUACUCGGACCUUGACCCUCAUCUCCAAAACCAUUCAGACUCUGGGGAGCCUGGGCAGUUUGUCCAGGAACAAGCUAUCCAGUUUUAAAGAGUCGUUCAUGUACGAUUUCUUCAAGUCUUUCCAAGAAGAUAAAUACGUGGAGGAAGUUAAAAAGUUCCUCAACGAAAUUUCCUCCAACGUGAGUAAGGAGUCCAGCGGCAUCGAGGACUCCGUAGUUCUCAAAGAGGGGGAGGUCCAGAAACGUGCGCAGGGCAGAAAGCGGAUCGGCAAGAAGAACUUCAACAAGCGCUGGCUCUGCGUCACCAACAGGCAGCUCUCAUACCACAAGCAGAGGGGAAAGGAGCCGCUGAACGUCAUUCCAGUGGAGCACAUCCUGGGGGUGGAGAAGCUGGACGAGAGCGCCUUCAAUCGCAAAAAUAUGUUCCAGGUGAUUCUCCCGGAGAAGCCGCUCUACAUCCAGGCGAGUAACUGCGUGGAGGCCAGAGAGUGGGUAGAGGUCAUCAGCCAGGUCAGUCGCUGCAAUGAGGGUCGCCGCAGCCACUUCCACCCCUCGGCGUACCUGUCUAGCGCAUGGCUCUGCUGCAAGGCAACCUGUGAGGACCAGCCGGGCUGCAAACCCUGCACCAUGCUCACUUUGGCGAACCUUCAAUUGGACAUCGACUGUGACCGUGAAACAGAGAGGAUCUUCUCCCUGUUCUCUGCCAACAUCUCCAAGCUGCAGAAGAUGGAAGACGCCUGCGCCAGCAUCGCUGUGUAUCAGGGUCCCCAGAAGGAGCAGGAGGAGUACUCGCUGUUCACCAUCCAGGACCCCAAGGAGACCUUCCAGACCAUCCAGCAGAUACGCAUCGUCUUGGAGGACUUGCAGAAUCAGCACGAGGCCUUCAAGAGUGUGUUAACUGCCAAGUAUGGCAGCCAGGAGAACCCCAUAGUGGGGAAAGCAACGUAGCCCGUGGUCCCUGCUGGCCCAGAGCGCCAGUGACGGAGGUGGAAACACGCGGACCGUUUGACACUGGAGAAAACGCACUGACGAUGCUGCUCAGAGAGGGAGGACCCGGGAGCCUUGCAGGUGGAGAUCAUGGCACCGCACCGUCGACUUGAGGUGGAGCGCAAGGAGACGGGCUCCCUCACAAAGGCCAGGACCUCAUGGAUUCCUAUAGAAGAAGAAGGGAUGAGAAGAAUAAAGGCGUCGGCCUUCAGCAACCACAGAACCUUAAAUCUCUCCCAAUCCUGCACCUUUAUUUAUUUCCUCGGAGCUGUGAAAGCAGAUGCUGUCCUGUAUGGGCAGAACUUCUAACGUACUUUAUUACAAAAUUAUUUUUUUUUAAAUGUCAUGCGUCAACAAUCAACCUCGCUUUCACAAUCCUCCUGUCCUUGCUGUCUGAUCCCUACAGACGUGGUAAAAUGACGGGUAGCGUGGUAAAGGGAGUGUUCUGCCAUUCUGUCUGUUGAUUUGUUUGAACUCCUUUGACCGAAUGAUUAACAGAAGUUGCCUUAUUUUAUUUAUGGAUGUACAGAAUAAUCAACUUUUGAUAUUCUUGGGGAGGAAAUGAUGGUAAAGCACUUUAAAUGUACGUUUGGAAUAUUCCAAAUGAAUGAUAAUGAUACUUAGUAUCAGUUGCGCUCCUUAUUGAUCAGUUAAAUGAUCGACUCUAAUGUUGUAAGUCUUGUACAGUGAAGUUUGUAUCUUUACUUUUUUAUAGUUAUUUUUCUGACACCAAAGAGGACCAUGUUGUCUCUCUGAAAGGGCAGCCGUGUGUUUGCGACGCUUUUGCACGCGAAGAACUCUCUCUCUUACUUUGUUCCCCUACUUGUACCAGAAGCGCUGUGAAGAAGGGGCUGCUUCCGGCUGCCCAGCCACUCUCGUGCUCUCUCGUCGUGUUUUGCACCAUCGCCCCCCUCAGCACAGCACUCACCGGGUGGAAACUCUGUUUUGCCCCAUUGUGGUUUUUCGCUCGUUUUCUCAUUAGCUUUACGUCUGUCAGGCGAAGUGGUGCCUCCAGAACAACCAGUACUAACUUGAAUUUUAUUCCACUGUGCAAGGGAAGCAUUUAUUCAUGUUUAUACACAACAGGGAACUUUGUGCAUCCCCUCCCCCGCAGUGCAACCUGUUUUUCAGAAUUUACAUAUUUACUCUAUGUGGUACGCUUGGUAAACAGUCAGUGUUUCCCAUGUGAAGGUACUCUGUCCCGUUCACACCAGUAGGUGAAUUGGGAUGCUUCAGUCUGAACACUGGGAGUUGUGUUCCUACACAAGGAGUUGUCAUGAGGUCACUCGGCUGAUCUCACACGGUACUUUUAUGCACGGGGACAGUUCACCGCAGUACAGUACUUGCUGACCAGUGUAACUCAGCUGGUCAAACUGCACUGUGUAUGACAUAAUUUUACAUUAACAUGCAAGCUCCACGCCAGUGUAUGAGCGCUCAUGUGUGUUGUCUGUAUGAUUCUCUGCCCACACAUCGCUGACACGCAGGUCCGGCUCUGCUGUGAUUUAGUGUUUUUCUGACACAUCCCCCUAACUGCUCAUAUUGCUGCUGUUCUGAUGUUUUUUUAUUCCAACACCUUUCUGUCCUCAGCUGCAGUUAGAUGAUAUAUAACCAUAUGAAGUUCUGCAUGAUCACCAGUACACAAGUCCAUGCACACACACACGCCAUCCAAUUUAAACUCUAGUUGAUGUCACAUUGAUUGCUGUUUCACAUAUUGAAAGUUGCUUUGACUAUUAAUUUAAAUGUCGCAGUAACACAAAAGUGAAUUUUAGCUAGGCUUUAACCUUGUUUCUCCAGGAGUUUGAAGCUUCUAGAAGGAUCUUCUACAUCAUUCUUGGUGCCUUAGAGGAAUGAAGCUCUUGAGGGCUUUGUGCUGCUCCUUUGCAACCACCGAAUGUGGGUGUUUCCGCUGAGCUGCCCUGCCUAUAAGGUUUACCAGGGUACCAGUAGGGGUCCCAAAGAAACCAGAGCGUCUGUCACAAUCAGGCAAUCGCCAGCCAUCUCCAUCACGCUGCCCCCUGUUCUGAAUCAUCUUGGACUAAAUAUGCAUCUGCUUAAAGUGAAAUAAAUUUUGCAAUAAAGUAAAAUGAGAUUCCUUCUAGACCCAAGGCUCUGAGAUGCUUCAAAGCAGUUUUAUUGAGCAGUAAAGUGGAAAGAUCCCUGCCAGUUGUCAUGUUUUGGAGUUAUCUGGCUGUUUUGGAGCUGUUACUCAAGAUGUAUAAAGAUGAGUUACUGUGCCAAAGGUAUGAGUAUGGGACACUGGUCUGGAAAAACACCCAUUAGACUCAGUUGGGUGUCAGCCCUUAAUAUUCUCUAAACGUUUCCAUGUUAUGCAGAAACAAUUCACUUCAAAGCAGCUUGUCGUGGUAUGUUUGUUACUAUAUGUAUUGG